GGUACAAGUGUGAAAGAAUAGCUAAAGAUGGCUGUAGCUGGAGAGUGAAAUGGUGAACGUUGGUGAAGAUUUUGAUAUUUUUGCUAGUUUUUAGAGUAAUAGCAUUGUGUCUAAUUGUGAAAAAUGGACAACAGUGAGUCAGUGAAGAAGUCAAUAUUGACGCCAGAAUUGUACUUUUUAAUCUCGAAAUUCCUUUCUGUGAGUCCUCUGCAGGACACUAAAAAGGUCUUGGUGAGCGAAUUGGAACGCCAUAAGAUUCUCCCCAAGAGGAUUGACUGGACUGGCCAGGAACAUGAUCAAACUUUUGCAGAAUUGGAGAAGAAAUACUCGCACAUAGGACCACAUCAUUUGCUGGAUAUAUGUGCUCGUAUUGGUCCGAUUCUUGAUAAAGAACUAUGUCCAAGUGUACCGAACAUUUUGUCCCUCUUGGGAGCUGGACGUCAGAGUCUCUUGCGAACAUCAGAGAGUAUCUCACGUCCAAGGGGUUUACUUGACUACUGUACAAGAUUGCAUGGUAUGCCACUGGCGGAUUCAAUCAAUAGGAAAAAUUCUCACAAUAUAGUGCGUGUACUACAUGGAAGGGAACAGGCGGGUCCGAUUCUUCGCCGUUUGGCAAUUCAGCCGAAUUUCUAUGAGAAACAAUCCCUCCUACGACGUACUCUUGGCCACUUAUCGGCCGUCUAUUGUGUUUUAUUUGAUCGUAGUGGCAAGUAUAUCUUGACCGGUGCUGAUGAUUUACUGGUGAAACUAUGGAGUGCUAUAGAUGGUCGACUAUUGGCCACAUUUCGGGGUGCAUCAGCAGAAAUAACAGAUAUUGCCAUUAAUUUGGACAACACCCUUUUGGCGGCUGGAUCUCUCGAUAGGAUACUACGUGUGUGGGAUUUGCAGAGUACAGCACCAAUUGCUGUACUAACAAGUCAUACGGGAAUGAUAACAUCGGUGAAUUUUUGUCCAUCACCACGGGGUGAUUUGCGGUAUUUGGUGACCACAAGUACAGAUGGUUCUGUGGCAUUUUGGCAGUACACUAUACAACGGGGUAAGACAGCAUUUGCCUCAAAGCCCAUUCAGUAUCAUGAAAAAUUGCGACCGGGACAGGCACAGAUGAUUUGUGCGGCAUUUUCACCUGGUGGAAUGUUUUUGGCUGCUGGUUCUGCUGAUCACUAUGUACGUGUGUAUCUUAUGUCGGAGGACGGGCCCAAACGGAUAUUGGAGACGGAAGCGCAUAGUGAUACAGUUGAUUCGAUCCAAUGGGGUCAUAGUGGAUUGAAAUUUAUAUCGGGUAGUAAAGAUGGAACAGCACAUGUUUGGCAUUUUGAAUCUCAACAGUGGAAAUCACUGAAGCUCAAUAUGACUGAGAGAUUACCAACGUGUCCUGAACCCGAAGAUGAUGGGAAGAAGAUUAAAGUGACAAUGGUAUCGUGGGAUUUUUCGGAUAAUUGGGUCAUGACGGCUGUCAAUGAUUUCACAAUAAAAGUGUGGCAGACAAAGACGGGAAAACUUCAUCGGGUACUACGGGGACAUUCGGAUGAAUUGUAUGUAUUGGAGAGUCAUCCAAAAGAUCCAAAUGUACUACUGUCAGCUGGACAUGAUGGUCAGAUAUUUCUAUGGGAUAUCUAUAAAGGAGUGUCUAUUGCUAAUUUUAUCAAUCACAUCGAAGGGCAGGGACAUGGUGGUGUAUUUGAUGCUAAAUGGUCACCGGAUGGAACAAUGAUUGCUGCUACGGAUUCUCAUGGGCAUAUUUUGAUUUUUGGCUUUGGAUCUGGGCAUGAAAGACUCAAAAUUCUUCCAACAGAGUUAUUCUUUCACACGGACUAUCGGCCACUUGUUCGUGAUGCCAAUCAUCAUGUCAUGGAUGAACAGACUCAGACAAUGCCACAUCUUAUGCCACCGCCAUUUCUUGUGGAUGUCGAUGGGAAUCCACAUCAUCCGACUCUGCAGCGUCUUGUUCCGGGACGUGAAAAUUGUCCAACUGAUCAAUUGAUACCGAAUAUUGGUGUUGGCGGUGAUGGGACGGUCGAAGUGAUGGGAGAUGGUAUACGAUCAGAUAUUGAUCGUUUGAUUGAAGCACUGGCAAAUCGCCAAGGGCAGGAUCAGGGCCAGGAGGCGGCAAACAAUGAACGGGAUAAUUUGCUGCAGGCUAACAAUCGUCCGAUGAAUUCACCACGAGCAGCUGCAGUUGUGCUCAAUCGGGUGGGAUUGCGAAGGACAGGAGAUGUCGAAGGUGUAAGACAGAGCAGUGGAAAUUGGCAGAGAGAUGGUGCAUUUAAGUUUAUGUCACGUUUCUACAUACGUCCCAUGAAGUAUUCACAGUUGCAGACACUCAAGCAGGCCGUUCAUACGGCUGGACUGCAGGAAUUGGAGAUGUAUCGGCGUGAGAUGAGACGUCGUCCACUCAUGAUAAACACCUCAAAUUUGUCAGCUUCAGCAUCAAAUCCACCUGGACGACCUAGAGGGAGGAAUUCAAGGCGUGUUCCACCACCGCCAGCCUACCGGACACGUGCAGUCAGGGAGAGGGAACCAGUUGUGGUGGAAGAGGAAGAAGAAACUGAAGAUCCUGAUAAUAUUGAAUCAGCUAGUAAUUCAUCGGGUGACAGUAGUGAUUCGACAGCUGUUGAAGAAGAUCUAGUACUAGAUGCCAGUAGUAGUUCGGAAACAGAGAGUUCAGACUAUUCCGAUUGGAUUGCUGAUCAACCUGGACCGAAUCUUGUGCCACCGAAGCGAUCAAAGAGAAAACCAGUUGAACGUCGAAUGUAUUCGCCGACAAAUGACGAUCAGACGGAUCGUCGAAAGGGGGGAAGGAGGAUAAAAAUAAAGAUUCCAUUGGAAAAUGGUACAGAAAUUCCUGAAUGCUUCCGUCCGCCUGAAUGGCUGUCUGAGGUGAUACCACGAAAGGCACCCUAUUAUCCUCAAAUGGGCGAUGAAGUGGUAUACCUACGACAGGGACAUCAGCGCUAUCUCGAUGCAGUACGAACUAAAAAGGUGUACAAACUCAGCAAUAAUUGUGAACCAUGGCAACAGAUAGCAAUGAGAGAUCAUGAAAUGGUUAAAGUGAUUGGGAUUAAGUAUGAAAUUCGACCACCAAGAUUGUGUUGUCUCAAACUGGGUAUUAUCACCAAUAAUGGCCAAUUGACGGGUACGACGUUCACAAUAAAAUAUCACGAUAUGCCAGAUGUAUUGGAUUUUCUAGUGCUACGACAGACAUUUGAUACAGCUGUCUCACGCAAUUGGACUCCAGGAGAUAGAUUUCGCUGCAUGAUUGACGAUGGCUGGUGGCUGGGACAGAUUGAAUCUCGUACAGCACUUUCAAAUGACUUUCCCAAUUCGCUCUUUAUGUGCUUCCAAGUGAGGUGGGACAAUGGAGAGUAUGAGUAUAUGAGUCCAUGGGAUAUGGAACCAAUUGAUGAGAAUCGAUUGCCUACUGAAGUGGGAGGAGCUGUUCCGGUAUUGCCAGAAGAAUUACGUGCUACACUGUAUCAACCAAAGGCAGAGGAAUGGCCUCGUGGUGAUCGUGAUGCAUCAUGUAGGAGAAUUAUUGCUGGACUUGAACAGGUUAUGGGAUUGGCCAUAGCAGAUCUCUUCUUAGCUCCCGUUGAUCUAAAUAUUUAUCCAUCUUAUGCUUUUGUUGUGGAAUAUCCAAUAGAUUUGUCAACUAUAAAAGCAAGAUUUGAGAAUCAUUUCUACAGACGCAUCACAAGUGCACAAUUUGAUGUGAGAUAUCUGGCAACGAAUGCUGAGAAAUUCAAUUUACCCCACACCAAUAUCGUCAAGUACGCUCGUAUAAUUACGGAUCUCUGUUUGAGGAUUAUACGAAUCUAUUCUAAGACCACAAGCUGCAACGGAAAGCUGUCAAAACACUUUCCCGACGUUAAUAAAGAUUUAAAUGAUAUCGAUGUGGGCGCAGUGUAUCAUCAACUUAUGGAUACUUACAUCUCGUCAGAUUCAGAGACUGAAAAUCCAAGACCUUCAACAAGUUCAGCAUCAAGUCGCCCUGCGGGAGCUCGAAGAUCUCAGCGUCUUGGUGCUCCAACAGAUUGGCGUGCAGAAUGCCGUGAACUGUUGGAACUUAUUUGGCAGUGUGAUGAUUCAAAUCCAUUCAGAGAACCUGUUGAUAUCAUUGAACAUCCGGAUUACAGUCAAAUUGUCGAUACACCAAUGGACUUGAGGACAAUUCAAGAGGAUUUGCGUGGUGGAAAUUACCAAACCCCAUUGGAUUUUGCCAAAGAUAUGCGACUGAUAUUCCAGAAUUCACGCAAUUACAACACCAAUAAGCGAUCAAGGAUCUAUUCGAUGACACUGAGACUCAGUACGCUCUUUGAGACACAUAUUAAGCAAAUUCUGUACAAUUGGAAAGCCUCUCGUAGACGAAAUAAUGCCAGAGAUAGAAGGAAUCAGGCACCUGAUCCCAAUGAACCGGGAACGUCGAAAAUGCUGACACGUGCAACGAGUGGAGCAGCCGUAAGGAGGCAGCAGAAUAGUUCAGAUGGCAGUGAUGAUGAUGAUGCGGACAUAAGUCCAUUGAGACGAACUCGAAGCAACGGGAGAGUGAUGAGGCGUGUUCCAACGGGUUUGUCAAAUGGUGUUGCAUCUGUGUCAUCGAUGAAUGAACCUGUGCCAGGUCCAAGUACAUCAGCUGUUGCUGGACCAUCGAGGACUCGUCGAAUAAAUACGAAUCAUCGAAAUGGUGAGGAGGAAUAUUCACGAUCAAGUAGUUCGAGUUCGAGUUCAAGUGAUAAUGAAGAUGAGGCGGAUAGUGAUGAGAGUGCAGGCAUUCCUUUGUCUGCUCUUGGUGUUAGUUCAAAGCAGCGUGGGAGUCAGAGAACAAAGGUCUAUGAUUCAGAGGACAGUUACAAGCCAAAUCGGCGGGGUAAGAAGAUGCGAAAGCAGGGUAAGAAGAGGAAACGCAAGCAAAAGGGUGGUCCACACAGUAGUAAUCAAUCGAGUCCGCGAAAGGGACAACGUGCAAAGAGACCAAAAGCCUCAAGGCGACGUUUGCCGUCAGAGCGGGAAGUUGAGGCAUAUGAGGAGGAACAGAGUGCUGAUAAUGGUGAGCCGUCGCAGGUGAGAAAGAAGCCAAGAACAAAUGGAAAUGCUCAGGCGGGUACGAGUUCUCACUAUACACGAAGCAAUCGACGGUUCCUCAAACGUACGGAUGACAGUGAGGACUCAGAUGUGUCAUACAAGGUGCAGAGAAGAAGGGGAAGAUAUGAGUCUGAUCAUAGUUACCACUUGGAGUCGAGUAGGCGAAAUAGGGGACUUGUAUUGGAAUCCGAUACAGACAACCCAGACAACGAAGUCACCAGGUCAACGAGGAGUAGUAUUAAGAAGGCCCAGAAUGAUUGGCCACGGGAAGAGGAUGAAGAGGAGGAGGAUGCCGAAGAGGAGGAAGUGAAUGUGGAAGACAACGAAGAAGAAGAAGAGACAGUAGUCACUGCAAGAAGGUACCGUCGACGUGGUGUACGGGUUAGGCAGACUGAUUCAGACAAUAGUCAGACUGAUGCUCAGAAUCAGAAUAGCAAUAGUCAAUCAUCGUACAGAUCUUUGCGUUCGAGGCGCCGCAGAUUGACUCCACAAGAGGAUCCAGAUCAAGAGAUUGACAGUGAUGAUCAACCACUGAGUCAACAGAGUAUCACUAGUACCAAUCGGACUCGCUCAGGAACUCGUAUUCACACAGCGGAUUCAUCGUCAAUCAAUGGCUCAUCUACGGGAAAUCCCACCCUGAAUCGCUUUAGAAGGCGAUUUGCUGCCACAACAACAACAACAACAACCACUAGGGCUCAGACUACUGAAGUGUCGACUCAGCUAACAAUGCCACCGGCACCACAUGAAAUUGAUCACAAUUAUGGGGAAAGAGAGCACAUAGGGACACGAAGGAGGCAAGUAUCGAUGUUGUCACGUCAUCAACGGAAUGCCGAUGAGUUGGAUCCGCAGCAGGAAAAUGACAAUGCCACACAGUCGAGACCGAUGUCAUCGUCUAUAUCGCGUCUACGUGUGAGGACAAAUGUGAAUGGAGAGGGUGGAAGUACGGUGUCACGGGCAACAUCGACAGGAACACAGAUAACAAUAAGGAGAGGUGCUCGUGGGAGGAUGCGUCAGGAGGAUGCUACUACUGCGGGUGAUGAGACCGAUCCAGAGGAUAAUACACCACUAAUGUUUGUGGCGUCAUCAUCGAGAAAUACAAGGAGUGGUGUUACAACAACAACAACAACAACACAGAGGGAACUCUCAGAUGAGGAACCCGUUCCUGGCCCAUCGAGCUACAGUCGCAGAACGAGGAAACUGCGGCGACUCCACUACAAUGAAGACAGUGAUUCCACGGAGGCUCCGAGUGUGCGAGUUGUGCGCACAAAGAGGCGCCUACUGAGUGACAUGAGCUACUCACCGACACGUUCAGGUGGUGCAGCAGCUAAUCAUCAUCCGAGUACGAGGAAUCAUAUUGAGGAGCAGGAUAGUGAUAGUGGGGGUGAUCAGAAUACUGUCAGUAUUAGUAGUCGGGGACGCAUCAGGAAGAUCACUGCCAAAGCGAGGGGCCUUUUCAGAGAAUAACACUAUAUUAUGAUGGAUUCGCUUAAGACGACAACUUAAAAAAAAAAAAAGAAAAUUUGCUGGUUAAUCCUCCGUACACCAACACAAUGCACUUCAGUUGCUUUUGAGUAAGUCAAUCUUCAUAACGAAUUAAAUUAUAUGUAUUAAAGACUGACGUAUUUUCUGAUUUAUUCUUAUCAUAUAAAUAGUUGUAUACCCAAUAAUUAUGAAUAUUUAGUCCCUCUUAUUGUAAACAUGGAGUAAAUAAAAUGCAGUUUGAAAUAUUGUAAUACGCUAAAAAGUAUGAAGAAAAA